CUCUCUCUCUCUCUCUCUGUGUGUGUGUUAUAUACAGCUGAAGAAGGAGAAGAUAAAAAGUGGAAGGAAGAGAGCAACGAGCACAAGAAAGAAAGAACGCCAUGGCUACGUCGACCACCUUCUUCAUCUUCUUCCUCCUCCUGCUCACCCGGAUGGCGGCCGUGGCGGCCUUCGACGUGCCGACGACACCCUUCAGCGAGGGCUUCUCCCACCUCUUCGGCAACGACAACCUCAUCCGCUCCAAGGACGACCGGUCCGUCCGUCUCUCCCUCAACCGCUACUCCGGUUCGGGCUUCAUCUCUUCCGAACUCUACGAACAUGGAUUCUUCAGCGCGUCCAUAAAGCUGCCCAGGGAUUACACCGCCGGCGUCGUCGUCGCCUUCUACACAUCCAACGGCGACAUAUUCCCCAACACGCAUGACGAGCUGGACUUCGAGUUCCUCGGCAACGUGAGAGGGAAGGACUGGAGGAUUCAGACCAACGUCUACGGCAACGGCAGCACCGCCCGCGGCCGGGAGGAGCGCUAUCUCGUCCCCUUCGACCCCGCCGAGGCCGCCCACCGCUACUCCAUCUUGUGGACGCCUGACUACAUCAUAUUCUACAUCGACGACGUGGCCAUCAGAGAAGUCGUGCGGAGCGACUCCAUGGGGGGCGACUUCCCGUCGAAGCCCAUGUCGGUCUACGCCACCAUCUGGGACGGCUCCUCCUGGGCCACCUCCUACGGCAAGAUCAAGAUCAACUACAAGUACGCGCCGUACGUGUCGGAGUUCUCCGAACUCGUCCUCCGCGGCUGCCGCGUCGACCCGAUCCAGCAGGUGGACACCGCCGAGCGGUGCGCGGAGACCGUGGAGGAGCUCAUGUCCGCCGACUUCGCCCUGCUGACCCCGAUGAAGCGCGCCGCCAUGCGCCGGUUCCGCGAGAGGUACAUGAUCUACUCCUUCUGCUACGACCAGCACCGGUACGGCAACUUCACAUUCCCGGACUGCGACUACGUCUCGCCGGAGCACACCAGGUUCGGGGAGUGGGGUGACAACAGGUUUCCUCCCAAGGAGGUCCGGCGAUCAAGGCGACGGGUCCGGAAGCCAAGCCCCAUCAACGUUCAGUCAUCGGAGUAGAAUCGAUCUUGUUUGUCCAUAGCGAUGGGAUUUAUUGAUUCUUUGGUGUUCGCGAUGCUAAGUUAUAUCAAUGUAGAGAGCAUCGGUGAUUGGUGUUCGAAGUUGGUGCCGCAAAUAAAGAUGAGUUCGUUCAAACA